CUGCCGGCAGCGCUGACAGACUGCUCUCUGUUUCUGCUCACUCCCUCCUCUCCUCUCCUCUCGUUUCCAGGUAACGACUUGUUCCUGGUCGCCGUCCACGAGCUCGGACACGCACUCGGCCUGGAGCACUCCAACGAUCCCACAGCCAUCAUGGCUCCUUUUUACCAGUACAUGGACACGGACAACUUCAAGCUGCCCAUGGACGACCUGCUGGGCAUCCAGAAGAUUUACGGGAGUGACAAACCCGGGCAGGCGAUCAAAUCUCUCUUCAUCCCUAUCAUGUUCUAUUCGUCCCCUACUCUGUCGUACCAAGAGUUGAAGGAUGGGACAAGAGAUGGCAGCUACCCUCUCAGCCUCAUUUCUUCCCCGCGGCGCCUGGCCUCCUUUUUCAUUCUCAUGGCAACAAUGAUGCAGGGGCAAGGACCACCUGAUAAGAUCCCCCAGCCUACCAAGCCUUUGCCCACGGCGUACCCUCCUCGCUCUCAUCCCCCCUCGGACCCCCGUAAACCCGACAGGCAGACACGACCCCCGAGGCUCCCCCCGGGAGACAGACCAUCCCACCCCAACGCCAAACCAAACAUCUGCGACGGCGGCUUCAACACGGUGGCCAUUCUGAGGAGAGAGAUGUUCGUCUUCAAGGACAACUGGUUUUGGCGGGUGAGGGAUAACUCGGUGAUGUCGGGGUACCCCAUGCUCAUCAGCGUGUUCUGGAGGGGCCUGCCGUCCAAGAUAGACGCCGUGUACGAGAACAGCGAGGGCAAGUUUGUCUUCUUUAAAGGGAAGCAGUUCUGGGUGUUUAAGGACACGGUGCUGCAGCCCGGAUACCCAAAGGACAUCACCCAGUAUGGCCACGGCAUGCCAGCCCAGUGCAUCGAGACAGCUGUGUGGUGGGAAGACGUGGCCAAGACCUACUUUUUCAAAGGGGACAGGUACUGGCGCUACAAUGAGGAUAUAAGGACCAUGGACCCUGGCUACCCAAAGCCCAUCACAGUGUGGAGGGGUGUGCCUGAAUCGCCGCAGGGGGCCUUCGUUGACAAAGCCAACGUUAUACCGUCGCCGUCGCCCAUAUCGCACACAGCAGAUACGCGGUCGCACGAAUGCAUCCGUUUAUUUGCGGACUACAUGUGGGGCUGGGCCCGGUCUUGGCAGCAUUUCAGUUGGAGAAAGCAGAGCAGGUGGUGUCGAAAGCUCAGCCCAUCUGUGCUGAAGAUCUGCUCCCAGAUCCGUAGCCGGGCGCAGCUCCCGCCGAGGCCAGGUGGGGCGGGCUUCAGUCGGAGCGUGAAGGAUGGACUGGCAUCCGCCGAGGCGCCCGGUGUUUGCGUUUUCGCUCGCACGUAUGUCGGCCUACAUUCCCGUGCCAGCCUGGCUGUUUGCGGAGACAGUGUGUCAAGCGGCACGCUCAUAGCGCUGACCCAGUUAAGCAGGCAGUGUUUUACCUACUUCUACAAGGGGAAGGAGUACUGGAAGUUCAACAACCAGUUCCUGCGCGUGGAGCCGGGAUACCCGCGCUCCAUCCUGAAGGACUUCAUGGGCUGCGAGCUGGCGCCGGUGGACCCCGGGCGCCCGCCGGCCGACGACGGCAACUCGGACGUGGUGAUCGAGCUGGACGACGAGCCGGACACGGUGAAGGCCAUCGCCAUCGUCAUCCCCUGCAUGCUGGCGCUGUGCCUGCUGGUGCUGGUGCUCACCGUGGUGCAGUUCAAGAGGAAGGGCACGCCGCGCCACAUACUGUACUGCAAACGCUCCAUGCAGGAGUGGGUGUGA